UCCUCUAUUUGCACGUCUCUUUGUUCCUCCGCGUAUUUCAUUGUCAGUUUCCAUUGCUUGCUUGGAUUAUAUUGGACUUGUAUCUUAUAUAUAAAAAUGGAACCGUGUGUGAACGCACAGAAAAUGAGAAGGUACGUUUUGUUAUUUCUGAUUAUUUUUGACUUAUUAAACCCAGCAUUUGGCGUUACUCACUACUCUAUUCCAGAGGAAAUGGAGGUAGGAUCUGUUGUUGCAAAUAUAGCCACUGAUCUUGGUUUGGAUAUACAGAGUCUGACGAAACGCAGGAUGCGCCUAGAUGUGAUAGCAAAUAAAAAAUAUCUGGAUGUAAAUAAAGAAACAGGAGAGCUAUUUAUUGUCGAAAGGAUAGACAGGGAAUAUCUCUGCCCAUCCAAAACUACAAAUUCUUGUUUUCUUAAGCUCGACGCUACAAUCGAAAAUCCAGUCAGGAUGUUCAAUAUUGAACUAGAAAUAUUAGAUAUCAACGACAAUGCACCCCACUUCAGACGAGAUGUCAUGCAUUUAGACAUUUCUGAAUCGACCCCAGCCGGCGAGCGUUUCUCACUGAACAAUGCAGUGGACUCAGACAUUGGAUCUAAUUCAAUUAAGACUUACGAUCUUAGCGAAAGUGAUCAUUUUACUAUCGAAAUACAGUCUGGCCGAGAUGGGUCUAAACUAGCCGAUUUAGUACUGAAAAAAGCAUUAGAUCGCGAAGAACAAGCAGUUCAUAAUCUGAUACUUACUGCUGUAGAUGGCGGGGUGCCUUCGCGCUCUGGGACAGCUAAUAUUAUUGUCCAAGUGCUAGACACUAAUGACAACGCCCCACAGUUCGAUGAAGACAGCUAUACUGUACAUUUAAAUGAAAAUUAUCCAGUAGGAAGCCUUGUUGUUAGGUUAAAUGCAACAGAUUUGGAUGAAGGGUCAAAUUCCGAAAUAACAUACACAUUCAGUUUAUAUACCUCCGAGAAAACGCAAGAGACGUUCAGUUUGAAUUCAGAAACGGGUGAAAUUCGAGUUAAAGAGAUGAUUAAUUAUGAAGAUUUCAAGAUCUAUGAUAUGGAGAUAAUAGCAACUGAUAAAGGAGCUAAUAGUCUCUCUGGGAAAUGUAAACUAAGUAUUUUAAUCACAGAUAUGAACGAUAAUCAUCCGGAAAUUUCCAUCAAAUCAUUUUCUGGCCCUGUUAAAGAGGAUAUAGCUGUAAAUUCAGUAAUUGCAGUUGUUAGUGUGAGUGAUAAAGACUCAGGGGAAAAUGGGCAGAUAGAUAUUCAUAUUUCUGAUGAUUUACCUUUUGCGCUCAAAGAAUCGUCUGAUAAUUAUUAUGAAUUAUUAGUUUCAGAACCGUUAGACCGUGAAAAGGUUCCGGAAUAUGACAUCACUAUUACCGUGACUGACAGGGGCAACCCGCCGUUAUCUGAUAAUGAAACUAUAACUUUAGAGCUGCUGGACAUUAACGACAAUGUUCCUCAGUUCCCGCAGACCUUCUACACGAUACCUGUUAUGGAGAAUAACGCGCCUGGAGCUUUACUGAGCUCUUUAACUGCUAUAGACCCAGAUCUCCAUGAAAAUCAGUAUCUAGUUUACUUUAUCAUAGAGAAGGAAAUAGUGAACACCUCCAUGUCCAUGCUGUUCUCCAUUAACCCAGAGAACGGCAAUCUUUACGCGCUAAAGACGUUUGACUAUGAGAUAGAGAAGGAGUUUCUUUUCCACAUCGAGGCCAGAGACUCUGGUGUUCCUCCGCUCAGCAGUAACGUGACCGUUCACAUUAUUAUCAUGGAUCAGAACGACAACACGCCGCUUAUAGUGUCUCCAUGGCGCGCGCACGGCUCGGUGGUGGAGGAAAAGAUCCCGAGAUCCACCGAUAAAGGGACUCUGAUAGCCAAAGUCAUCGCCAUAGACUCUGAUUCAGUGCACAACUCUCGAAUCACGUACCAGUUUCUCCACAACACUGACGCCACAUUAUUCAGCUUGGAUCAAUAUAACGGAGAGAUCCGGACCAUGAGGAUGUUCAGUUACAGAGACUCGCGCCACCAACAGCUGGUUGUGAUCGCCAAGGACAACGGAGAGCCCGCGCUCUCUGCUACAGUCACCAUCAAACUGUCCACGGUGGAGACCGCCCUUAAAACCUAUGCUGACAUGACUGAGGUGCCUUUGGGAUAUGACAUCUUCUCCGAUUUAAACCUGUAUCUGGUGAUCGGACUGGGCUCCGUUUCAUUUCUUUUACUCAUCACUAUUUUGGUCACCAUCGUGCUGAAGUGUCAGAAAACGAAGCCCAGCAAAGCGGCUCCUCCGUGCAGGAACAGUGUGAUCAGUGAGAGGAACUCGACCAUCGCGGAUUCCACUCUGGUCUCCAACGAUGCCUACUGGUACAGUUUAUUUCUAGCAGAGACCAGGAAAGGAAAGCUGGUGGUCAGACAGCCUGUGCCAAAGGGAGCGAGAUAUGUCGUGUCCAGUUUACCGAGGAGCACAGGACUGACCGAGACCAGCGACUCAGCUGCUUCUACACUACAGGUGAGAUCACGUUUAUAG